CCCCCUCCCCUCCCCCAAGCCCUGCAGUCCAUGGAGCGCUUCGGGGCUGCCUUCGGCUUCCCGGAGGGCGAGGCGGGAGGGACCCCGGCCGGAGGAGGAGGAGGAGGAGGCGGCUUGGGCGGCGACCGUCCGGCGCGGCAGCAGGCGCGGCACUACCAGCUGCUCUCGGAGCUGCAGGCGCUGGUCAAGGAGCUGCCCAGUUCUUCUCAGCAGAGGCUGUCCUACACCAUCCUCAGCGACCUGGCCUUGGCCCUCCUUGACGGGACCGUCUUUGAGAUCGUACAGGGCCUGCUGGACAUCCAGCACCUGACGGAGCGAAACCUCUACAACCAGCGGCUCAAACUGCAGACGGAGCAUCGAGCCCUGAAGCAGGAGACCUUCCGCAAACACAAGGAGGACCAGCAGAGCUGCCAGCCGCACAACCUGCCCCUUCUGAAGGCCGCCCAGCAGCGAGAGAUGGAGGCUGUGGAGCAGCGGAUUCACACCGAGCUGCGGAUGAUGGACGAGAAAAUAGUCUUGGAGCUGGAUCAGAAAGUGGUGGACCAGCAGAGCACCCUGGAGAAAGCUGGCGUCUCUGGCUUCUACAUCACCACCAAUCCCCAGGAAUUGACGCUCCAAAUGAAUAUGCUGGAGCUCAUUCGGAAGCUACAGCAAAGGGAAAUGCAGCCCAGACAGCCGUUCUCUUAGAAGGGACAUGGGGACCCACCACGUCUAGUAUUGACCCUCAUGGAAAAAUGGAUGAUGAGUGUGUUGUCUUUAUUUAAGAGGCUUGCCCCACAAGAGAGCAGAACAAGGCUGGGGGUCGGGCAGGCCCAGGGCUUUCUUGUUUCCUCUCUGCCCCGUGAAGGAACUGAGAUCAAGUUUGUCUUUGGUCCUUCUUAGAAUGGGGAUCCUGCGUUGUUUUUUUUUUUUAAAUAACGUUUGAGGAAUUUCCAAAAUAUCUACAGGUUGAUAUUUUGAAAUUGUAAUAUAGGAAAUACAGGUUGUAAAAAGGCAAUAAACACAAUUUAUUUAUUCAAUAGAUUUCUAUGGCUGCCCAUGAUUCUGGGUGGCUAACAGUAUUCAAAAAGAUAAAAACAUAUAUUAAAAAAUGGAAAACACAUAACAGCCGGCGGGGGGGGGGGUGUGUGGAGAAAAUUACAGAAGCAACCAUCAACAUUCAGCCCAACCAAGAAAGAGGCCCUGUUGUAUAGCUGGAGCCCCUGGUUCAAACCCACUGCCAACUCUCCAAGGUUUUCCUCUUGGGGAAGAAAGCUUUGGGAGAGGGAACAAGGAGAGUCCUGUGGAUGGGAGUGUUUCCAGAAUAUAAUUUUUAUGAUACGAAAAGGUUUUUUUAAUCACUGCCAUAUAUUUAGCAAUGGCACUUAGAGUUAUAUACCGCUUAUAGUGCUUUACAGCCCUCUCCAAGAGGUUUACAGAGUCAAGUCUAUUGUCCCCAACAAUCUGGGUCCUCAUUUUACCCACCUCGGAAGGAUGGAAGGCUGAAUCAACCUUGACCCGCUCAAGAUCAAACUGCUGGCAGCUAGCAGACAGCAGAUUUAGCCUGCAAUACUGCAUUCCAACCACUGCGCCAUGCUCUUGAUUUAGUUAUUUGAAUAUUUUUGCCAUUCUUCAAACCAAGAUUUGUUACGGCAGCUUCCAAAGUAUUUUCUUCUCCUGCCAACAAGCGCACUCGUGCUUGAAAUGAAACUCUUAACACCGAAGUAGCACAGAAGCAUAAAAACAUGCUGGAGCAGCAUCAAUAAACCCAACUCAGAGGAAACCCUUUAAUCAGAAAAGCAUUAAAUAUCCCUAAUCCGAUAGAAGUGUUAGAAAUGCAACUUUCAGAAUUUCCCGUUCGGCCUUCGGUUCCGAACUCUGCAGUCGCCUUCCAAAACAGAGGUUGGCUUGGGUCACACUUAUCCAGCUUAUUUAGUGGUGGUUUUAAAUGAUGAAAAGGACCCUUGG